AUGCCCUUCAAGUCAACCUACCCCUCUAUCAAUAUCUCGGAGAAUGUUGAUCUGUGGGCCCUCCUUUUCAGCGAUGAUUCCCCUUACAAACGAGAGUUUCCCCCUACGAAGGAGAUAUUGACAUGUCCUGUAACCGGGCAGUCAUACACCUGGUCUGCUCUGCGGGAUGCAGCACUGGCGUUUGGGAAUGGGUUGGUUGAGAAGUGGCAGUGGAAGAAGGGGGAUGUGUUGGCGUUCUAUACCCCCAAUUCUAUCGACACCCCCAUAACAACCCUCGGCGCUCUCCACACCGGCGCCACCAUCUCCCCCUCCAACCCCCUCUACACCCCACACGAGCUCGCCUUCCAGCUCACCGACUCCAACGCCAAAGCCCUCAUCACCCACCCCUCCUGUCUAUCGACUGCAAUCGAAGCCGUCAACAAAUCUAACCUCCCCCUUGAUCGGAUCUUGCUUUUAGGACCGGAGAGAUCCCACCCCCAAUUCCAACACUACACCUCCCUGUUUGUAUCCCGUACCAAUCCCCAAACCCCCGUCCCUAUCUCCCCAAAAACAGACCUCGCAUUCCUGGUCUACUCCUCCGGCACGACUGGUCUGCCCAAAGGCGUCCCAAUAACCCACUUCAACACCCUCUCCAAUCUAUUACAAGCCUCCUCCACCGAGGGCAGGCAGUUCCCCUGGGAGACGUCUGUUCAACUGGCUAUCUUGCCAUUCUUCCACAUCUACGGCUUGACAUGCUGCGUGCUGUUAUCAAUCCUCUCUGGUUGGCGGCUGGUGAUCCUCCCCCGAUUUGAUAUGCUCCAAGUGUUGAAGGCUAUUGAGCGGUAUAAAGUCAGCUUCAUGUACGUCCCCCCACCGGUGAUCCUCGCCUUUUCGCAGCACCCCGACGUUGGGAAAUAUGAUCUUUCCAGCUUGAGAGUCUUGCACUCGGGGGCUGCGCCGUUGGGGAGGGAGCUGAUCAGAAAGGUUUGGGAGAGGGUGAAGGUGCCAGUGAAGCAGGGGUAUGGGUUGAGUGAGACGAACGCGGUGGUUUGUUGCCAGGAGAUUGGGGAUUGGGAGAGGAGGAUGGGGUCUGUGGGGAGGUUGAUGCCGAAUAUGGAGGGGAUGUUGGUUGGGGAGGAUGGGAGGGAGGUGGCUGAGACGGGGGGGGAAGGGGAGUUGUGGUUGAGGGGGCCGAAUGUAUUUGGGGGUUAUUGGAAAAAGGAGGGACAGGAGGGGGUUUUUGGUGUGGAUGAUAGGGGUGGGAAGGGGUGGUUUAAGACGGGGGAUGUGGUGAAGGUGGAUGGGGAGGGGAAUUUUUGGGUGGUGGAGAGGGUGAAGGAGUUGAUCAAGUAUAAUGGAUAUCCUGUCCCGCCGGCAGAGUUGGAAGGGAUACUACUCACUCAUCCCGAUGUGUUGGAUGCUUGCGUUAUUGGUUUCGAAGACAAGAGCCUAGCUACAGAGGUGCCGAGAGCAUAUGUUGUUGUCAGGGAAGGGAUUGGUCGCAUUCCAACCAAGAGUCAGGAAUUGGUCGACCAUGUAACAAAACAAGUCGCUCCCCACAAGAAGCUCCGAGGAGGCGUCCAUUUCGUCGACCAGGUCCCCAAGUCACCCAGCGGCAAGGUCCUCAGGCGGAUCAUGAGAGAUCAGGCCAAAAAGGAUGCCCGACGAUCGGGCUCAAAGCUUUGAUCUCUUCACAGAAUCUAAUAUACACAAAUAUUUAUACAAAUCGUUCCCUCAUAUUUACAUUCCUCACAUCAAGUCUCCCUAGCCCAUCCUCUCCGCCUCCUCCAACAACUUCUCCACGCUAAACCUCUCAUCCCCCCUCCCAAACCACUCCAGCAACCUCCUCCUCUCCUCCGCCCUCUCCAUCCCCGCCUGGCCGCCCGCCCCAUCCCAACCCCCAUAAAACCUCUGCAAGCACAUCACCAAAAACUGCGCAUCCUGCACUUUAACCCCCCUAUCCUCCAUGACCGUCCCCUGCAUCAACACCACCCCCUUAUCCUUUGCCAAAUCCUUAUAGUGCGUUACGGUGGUAUGCGGCGAGGCAAACUCCCCCCUGGCUUUGUAUUCAGCUAGUUGGGUGAACAACACAGUCGAAGAAUUGGUCGCGGGAUCCCAAGUCCAUUGCACAAAGUGGAUUUCUGCGCCUUGGUCAGGGUGCGGUACGGGGAGGACAAAGUGAGGGUUUUGGCGCGCGGUGGCUUCGAGCUGGGAGUAAGUCCCUGAAGGGAUCACCGCGCAGAGGGAGUUUGGUUUGGAGGCGUGGUGAAAGCGCCAGAUGGCGGUGAGUUCUUUUUCUGGGAGGGAGGAGACUUUGGGGAGGUCGAGGACGGAGGAGAGGGGUUUUAUGCCGGAGGAGUCGAGUUUUUUAGAGGGGGUUCGCGGUGGUGGGGGUGGUGGUGAUUGUGCAGGUGAGUUUGGUUGUGAUAAUGGGGAUUGUGGUGAUGGUGGGGGCGUUGGGGGUACGACAACGUCGGCUUCUUUGCGGAGUUUUUGGAUCUUCUCGGCGUAGGCGGCUUUGAGGGAGUCGAUUGUCUCGUGGCCUUCUUCUUGGGCCUUGCGGGCGAGCUUUUCGCGGUAUUUUUCGAGGGUGUUGAGGGGUUGUUGGGUUGUGGCUAGGAGGCGGAUGUCGUGGACUUGGGCCCAGCGGCGUUGGUGGGAGGCGCGGAAAGUUCGGGCCGCGCUGGAGAGGAGGUGACGGAGCAUGGGGGGGCGGAGGGACGCCAUGGUGGGUGUUGUGGUUGGUGGUGG